UAACGUCAUCGUUUUCCAGCAAUGCUCGCAGUUGAAUAGCAGCAGGGCGCCGAUCUACGAUUUCUUCACCAUGUCUACUAAAUUAAACGCGCUGAACAGCGAUACUUACAUUGACAUCAGCCAAUACAGAGACCAACAUUUUAAGGGUAACCGCUAUGAACAGGAGAAGCUUUUGAAGCAGAGCAACACUUUGUAUGUGGGGAACCUCUCCUUUUACACCACCGAGGAGCAGGUGCAUGAGCUGUUUUCUAAAAGUGGAGAUGUCAAGCGUAUCAUCAUUGGCCUGGACAAAAUCAAGAAGACUGCAUGUGGCUUUUGCUUUGUUGAAUACUACACCCGUGGAGAUGCAGAGAAUGCCAUGCGCUUCAUUAAUGGCACACGGCUGGAUGACCGCAUCAUCAGGACAGACUGGGAUGCUGGUUUCAAGGAGGGAAGGCAGUACGGUCGCGGCAAAUCAGGAGGACAGGUGAGAGAUGAGUACAGGCAGGAUUACGACCCAGCUAGAGGCGGUUACGGCAAGCUGGCUCAGCAGCAUCGAUCCACAGAGGGGCGCAAUAGUUUUUAGAAUAAACUCCACCACAGCAGUCUGCCUGGACUGUACCGUCAGUCCUGCUCUGGAUUAACUCCCCAACAAGGUCACAGCAAGCUACAACGGAUUGUCUGAAUUUUAUCCUGAAAACCCUCUGCAGCAGCCCUGCUCGGACCACUGGAUCCAGGUGUGAGCAGAUGUUAUUUAUUUGUUUUGGAUGCUUGGUCUCUGCUCUGCCUGUCUCUGUGACUCAUACCUGCCGACUGUCUGCAUAGUUGACCUGUAAUAUUUAGUGACGUUUAUUAUAGUGCAUAAAGAAAUGCCACGGAGUUUUCCUGCAGGCUGGAAAGGCUCUGAUAAAGUUCUUCUUGAUUCUCCGUGUCAGAUUCAAAUAACAGCCUGAAAUCAUGCAGAGGAAAUGUGCUAUUCCAUGAAUGAAACUUUGUCCAAAAUUGUGCAUACUUUUUUAAAAAUAAAGUUUUUUUUUUCUUUGUUUUUUCCCA